CUACUAACCAGGCUACUCUGAAUCUUUCGGUUUCGAAAUAAUUGUCUUCCGUGCAGAGAUCGAAUUUCCUUAAUACAAAAUACAUAUACAACUUCGUCAGUUUGCUUUUACUGUUUAAAUAUAGAAUGGCUCUUUUGGAUGUAAGUGGAUAUAAAUAUAAUUCCGCGUCACAGUUUGGCUAUAAGCAAACGCAUCUUCUCGACCGAUUGAAUCACUAUAGUUUUGGGACCAAAUGCCAGGAGUUCGCGGUACCCGUCGGAGUUGACCCCUCUAAGUUUCUGAAGUCAUGCAGUUGUGAGGACGGUGUUUGCAUAGAUCUGAAUCAUGGCACCACAACCCUGGCAUUUAAGUUUCGUCAUGGAGUCAUCGUGGCCGUUGACUCCAGAGCAUCAGCUGGAAAAUACAUUGCAUCAAAGGAGGCCAAUAAAGUGAUUGAGAUCAACCCUUACCUGCUGGGCACCAUGUCAGGCAGCGCUGCAGACUGUCAGUACUGGGAGAGACUGCUGGCUAAAGAGUGCAGACUUUACAAACUACGUAACAAGCAGAGGAUCUCAGUGUCUGCAGCCUCCAAACUUCUGUCCAACAUGAUGCUGGGAUACAGAGGCAUGGGCCUGUCUAUGGGGAGUAUGAUCUGCGGCUGGGACAAACAGGUGAAGUCUCUUUUCAAAAAACAAUAA